AUGCAACUCUUCUUAUCCGCGAUAUCUCUUAUUCUCUUCGCCUCCCAUGCCUCCGCACUAUUCACAGGAGCCCGCCCCUCCAGUACUGUGAAGAGCACCACCAUCAGUGGAUCUGCCGCACCUACCCCCCUCUCCUUUAACCCAGGCGGACCCAUGAUUCCCGCAUCUGCUCCUCCUCUAUCCUUUAACCCAGGCGGACCCAUAGUUCCCGCACCUACUCCCCUCUCCUACAACCCCGGCGGCCCAAUGAUCUCUGCCUCCUCCGCCCCCUGCACGAGCCUCGUCUUCAUCGGCAUGAAACAUCGGCGUGACGCAGUCACCUCGUCAGCGCCGGACACGGACGAGGAUGGCUGGCUGGGGGGGACGUGUACGUGGCAUGAGACGUACGUGGUGGCGACGAGCAGCGUGGAUUGUAAGGGGUGUGUGUUGCGGACGGUUGCGUUGGGGCAUGGACCGGUUCGACUGUGCGAUGAGAAUGUUACGGUGGCGACCGGGACGGAAACGAUUAAGGCUUGCGCGGCGUCGGCGACGGUGGGUUAG